AACUGCUAUACCAUCUAUGCUCUCUGGCUCUCAGCAUGCAACAGCUACUCUUGAAGUCUCUUGAAGAGUACAAACAGGACGACUCAAAUGGACAUGGCAGGGAAGUCCUUUGUUCGGGAUGUGGCAGCAGGACGUCGUGGUGUGACAGGAAUGACCUACCUGUGAUCACCCAGCCGGGUCUUGGAGUAACAACCACAACUGUGACCACCAUCACACAGACGGGGGGAGACUGGAGCACGGGCCUGUUUGAUGUGUGUGACGACACCAGUGUCUGCUUGAUUGGUGCUUUUAUGCCCUGCUGUUUGGAUCUGGGUUUGGCUCAUCAGUAUGGAGAAUGCCUGUGUCUGCCUCUGCUUCCUGCUUCCACUUUUGCUAUGCGGGUUGCCAUCAGAGAGCGUUAUAAAAUCAGGGGCAGUGUAUGUGAGGACUGGACUGCUGUAUUCUUCUGCUACCCUCUAGCAGUUUGUCAGAUGAUGCGGGAGAUGAAGAGGAGGCUGAGGAGACAGAUGUACACUGUUUCCACUGCACUCCAGUGCUCUUGAAGGACAAAAAUGUGUGUGUGUAAUGUGUGUCAGUUCAAAUUUCUGAUAUGUAAUACAUAGUGCUGUCAGUGUUGUUAUUUGUGGUAGCUUAAGGGAUUCAGGGACUACUUUUGGCAUAAAGAUUGAUGUCUGACAUUUUAGUAAUGAUGAGCCGUCAAUGGAUGAAGAGAUUUGUUUACACACUUCAUGUUUAGUAUU